CUUAAAAUUUAACCCGUCUAAGUUUCUUGGCGAACCUGAUCCUGAGGUAGCGGAGAAUUGGUUAGAAAGGAUGACCAACAUAUUCGCUGCUUUAGACUACACUGAAGAUAGGCGAGCGAAUUUCGCUGCUUUCCAAUUUGAGGGAGUAUCCCGUGCUUGGUGGGAUCUGAUAAGAGGAAAAUGGGAGAGAACUCAAACCCCUUGGACUUGGGAGAAUUUCACAAGGGAAUUUAAUGAGAAAUUUCUUCCGCCCUUAAUCCAAGAGAAAAGGGAGGAUGAAUUCAUCAAGUUGAAACAAGGAACCCUUAGUGUAGCGGAGUACGAGGGAAAGUUCACUAAGCUUUCUAAGUACGCUCCUGAAUUGGUGAUCAAUGAACGGAGGAGGAUUAGACGGUUCGUGCAGGGACUUAAUGUAGAAAUCCAGGAGGGUUUGGCUGCAGCCCAAAUCUCUACGUUCACUGAAGUCUUAGAAAAAGCACAGAGAGUCGAGAGUGCAAGGCUGCAAGUUAGAGACUUUCAUGCUAAGAAGAGGGGCACUUCUAGUAACCCUUCGGGACAGGCAGAUAAGAGUGCCCCACCUUUUAAAAAGGGAAAAGGAACGGGUGGAGUGGAGAUAUCUAACAUGCCAAAAGGGACUCAAUCAAGAGGAGAUCGCAAUGGACGAGGUCAAUCGAGAGGGACACCUCCAAGUGGUCAAUCUGUGGCUCCCCAAGUCGUUUGUGGUUAUUGUGGCAAGCUCAACCAUACGGAGAAUGAUUGUUUUAGGAAACAAGGGAAGUGCUUGUAUUGUGGUAGUACCGAGCACCAGAUAUCGAAAUGCCCGACCGUACCAAAAGAAGGCGGUAGUACCCAAAGGCCUGAAAAGUCAGCCGCUAAGCAGCCUAGUGUUGGAGGAAGUCGAUCUAAUGCACCAGCUAGGGUUUAUGCAUUAGGCUAUCAACAUGUUUCCGAUUCUACUAAAGUCAUUGGAGGUAUGAUUCUUUCUUUUAUUUGUCUAUCUAAGGUUCUCAGUGACCUAGUACCGUACACACUUUUUGCAAAACCCUAGAUUCAUAAGAUAGAAUCAAAGUUUGACUACUAAUUGGGUAAAUAGAAAUUGUGAUAUAUGGAUCGGAGGGUGUAAGUUAGUGAUUAAUUUGAAAGGCAUGACUCUUAAGGGGUAUGACUAUUAUCCAAAGUGUGAAUUU